AUGGGACCUAAGAAAAAAAGUUCAGUUUGGCAGUUCUUUAACAAAAUUGAUGAUAAGAAAACGAAAUGCAAACUAUGUCAAAAGGAAAUUAAGUCUGCUGGAAAUACUACGAACUUAAUUGGGCACGUUCGUAAUGUUCAUAAGGCUGCUUAUCUUGAAAUUCAGCCAAAACAAAAUACAUUAAAUGCAGAAGAAAUAUCGAAUCCUCUAAAUACCAAGGUAACGCCUAACGAUAACAUUGAUGAUGGUUUACUUCAAUCUGAACCGAUUCCUAGUACAAGUGGCAGUGGCAAUAAAAGAUCCUGUGAGCCGUUACCGAAAACCAGUUGCGUAGCUAGUGACGAGUUACGUAAAGCCACUGCUGCGGCUAUGGAGUCUCCUGCUGGGGUAAAAUUAAUACAAAGCGUGGAUACUCGUUGGAACAGUACAUACUAUAUGUUACAAAGAUUUCUAGAACUCCGCAGUGUCAUAAAUGAUAUUCUCUUCCGCCACCCCAGAGCACCUGCAAUGCUCAGUGCAUCGGAUAUAUCUACUGUAUCGUCUGUCAUCGUGGUGUUGCGACCCUUGGAAGCGGCUACAAAAGAAAUUUCGGGUGAUAAAUACUGCACAAGUAGUAAAAUUAUUCCCUUAGUUCGUUGCAUGCUCUCUAAAAUAACUUCAGCUGUUAUAGAAGAUCCCGUAGCGAAGGAGGUGCAAAAACUUGCUAUUAAUGAAAUAAAUAAAAGAAUGGGUUCUAUAGAACAUGUGAGUGCUCUUGCUAUCGCAAGUAUUCUAGAUCCACGGUUCAAAAGAAUACAUUUCAAUGAUGCAAUAGCUUGUUCGAAUGCUGUUUCGAAAAUUAAGGAUAUAAUGAAGAAGAAUUUGCAAAGCAAUGAAGAACCUGAGUCAGAUUCUGAUAAAUCUGAUAAAAAUGAAGAGGUCUUUUCAUUAUGGACUGAUCACCAUAAGUUAGUGCAUCGUAACUGGAAAAUUAACAAAUCUGAAGAUGUUUUGUCUGACGAACUUUCAGUUUAUCUCAGAAGUCCUGUUGGAAGACUGAACGAAAAUCCGUUAGAAAUCUGGAGGGAUUAUAAAAUACAAUUCCCGAAGCUGUACAAAAUAGCUUUCAAGUAUUUGACAAUAGUUGGCACAUAUUACCUCGAAUUUUUAGAAAAAAAUGAAGAAGACACCGAAAAAGUUUCAUCACAUUUUACACCGCAGCAUUUAGAAGAUAAAAUAGUAAAUUCAUUCAGUAAAGAGGUAAAAAUUUUUUUCAUUCACAAUAAAAAAUUAUUAGCACCAAAAUACCUUAAAAGCAUCGAUGAUCAAUCAUUUGAAAGUUUACAAGAUGAAGACAUUUUGCAAAAAGCUGCUUUGCUGUUAAGAAAAUUAGUUAAGCAAAUUCCGAUUAAAAAAUUACCUGAGAAUAUCACUGUGCAGAAUUUGAAGGAGGGAGAAGUAUCUGUGCCACAAGCUUUAUCAGAAUUUUAUUUUACUCUUAUCUCAGGCGGUAAUCAGAAACGCAAAAAAGAACGCAAAUGCAUUCGUCAAGUGCAAUCUUAUUGUGAAGAUGUAAUAUACAGCAUCUACAACGGAAAAAUAAAAACAUCGAAACACAUUGUUCUAGGAAUGACUUUAAAAAGUUUAACUAGUAGCAGAAAAAUUAUAGAUAUUGUUCAUAGAUAUGGACACUGCAUUAGUUAUCCAGGAAUAGAAGAGUUGGAAACCGAAGCGACAUAUACAUCAAUACAAAAAUCAACUUUAUGUCCUGAGACUAUAAAAAAAACUCAUAAUCUUUGUACUGGUGUUGCCUACGACAAUUUCGAUCGUUUCGUUGAGACAGGAAGUGGUAAGGAUACUUUGCAUGAUACUGUUGGCAUUAUUUAUCAAAAUUUAGAUCAAGAUAAUCAAGAUUUAACACAGUCAUCAAAUGUAAUUUCUCCCAAUGAUGAAGAAGCUUCCGACUUAAAAAGAAGAAGACGAAGAACAUUCGAAGCUAUAACUGUAGAUAAAGUUCCUUACCCUAAGAAACCCAAAAUGACAGAUGCUAUGCAAGUGUCACUCCAUGAGGUUGAAAAUUUACAACCUGUCAAUAUGAAAGUAUAUAAUACAAUAGAUAUAAUUUUGAUGAUUAGUCAUGCCUUGCAAAUACCAAAAGUUCCAAUUAGUACUGGAAACUAUGAAACGAAGUCAGCAAAUUUGUCAAGACUUACAAAAUUUGUCAAGACUUACGAUCUCGCUAUUGCAAAAAUAGCCUUACAAAUUCAAGCAACUGAAAAGCCAACAUUUGAUAAUCUGUUCAUCCAUCUUGGGCCUUUUCAUAUUAUGAUGGCUUAUUUUAAAGUUAUAGGAAAAUUUAUAAUAGAUUCCGGAUUACCUAAUGUUAUGGUGCAAAGUAAUUUACUGGCAAUGGGAUCAUUAAAUGGAUUCCUUGAAGGGAAACACUUCAACAGGUGUAAAAGGUUUCAUCCUUUGGUGGCAAUUGGACUGGAAGUUUUACAUUUUAAGUCAUUUUUAGAGAUUAAAAAUAUUGUAUUCACGGAUCUAAUGGUACAGGAAGUUAUUCGUCUAGGGACCUGUCCUAUAUCAUCGUUUAAAAUAGAAAAUGAAGAACUUGAUGAGUUAUUAAAUGAUUAUAACAUUUAUAAACAAGAGACCCUAAACGGCGAGCAUGGCAAAACAGCACAGUUUUAUUUGAUCUAUGUCCGCCUUGUACAUUAUUAUUUAACUUUGUCAAGAAGUAUCCGCAUAGGAGAUUACGAACUGUUCAGAUUUAUACUGCCAAAAAUCACUAAUUUAUUCUUCGUAUGUAAUCAACAAAACUAUGCACGAUGGGGAGUGAAUUACCACACUAAUUUAUUGAACGUUGCCACAACUCAUCCUGACAUAUUUGAGGAGUUUAAGAAAGGUUGCUUCGGCAUUAAAAGAACUAAUAAACCUUUCUCAAGUCAGCCGAUUGACUUAGUAUUAGAACAAACAAUAAAUGCAGAUGCUGCCAGGAGACUUACAGGUAUAACGCAAUUUACUAAUUCCAUCUCAGCACGUCAGCGAUGGGCUCGAAGCCAUGACUUGAGAUCAACGAUAAUAAUCAGCUAUGUAUAUGAAAAAUUGGAUUUACAAAAAGAUCAAGAUAUUACAGCAGAUUUGAACGAUCAUAAUAUCCAAAAUAGUAAUAUGCAAUUACAAAUUUUUAUGAAUAUCUUUCAACAAUUUAUUAAUCCAUUCGAUGUAGGAGUACCUAAAAAUGUUUUAAUAAAUAUUUCAACUGGGAAGGCAGCAUCAGCAGAGGUGGAAACAUUUCUUCUUAAUAUUGAAGAACACGGAGAAGCUCUACGUAAAACGUUUAUUGCAGAAUGUGAGGCUGACAUUAGUAGGUUUGAAAAAAGUAUCAAAAGAACAAAAUUGCAAAACUUUUCGCAAGAUUAUUCAAAAAAGAAAAAAACAACAAUUGGUGGUAAGAUUCAAGAAGUACGCGUCCAAAGAGACUUAUUUGGACGUAUGCUUGGUAUAUCAAUUAAUCAUAAAAUUGAUAUUUCUAAAAUUUUAUCAUAUCCAAUUACUUUUGUGCCGUUGUCUAUGUGUCAUCUUGAUGGUGCGAUUUGCAAAACACCAAAAUCUGCUUUGAUGAAAUGUUUAGACAAAGAUAUUGAACAUCAUCCACCACCGUACAUUGAUAUUUUAAUAAUUGAUGGAUUUUUUAUUCUUCACUCUAUGAAAGAUGUUCCUAAAUCAUUUGGAAAUAUUUCGAAGAAACUGUUGAAAAUGGUAACACAAAUAAAUGCCUCAAGAAUUGACGUUAUUUUCGAUCAAUAUUUCACCCCCUCCAUAAAGGAUUAUGAAAGAUCUGUACGACAAGAAUGUUCACAACUCGAAUUCACUAUAACUGGACCAGAUCAAAUUCAACCUGCCGAUUUUUACAAAGAGAUAAAAAAUUCACACUUCAAACAGGCACUUGUUAACUUCUUAAUUGUACAUUGGGCUACAGAUGAAAUGGCACCUUUCAUUGGCAAUAAAUUAAUAAAAAAUAAUUUCAUGGAAUGCCAUUCUUUCAUUGUCAUGAACAAUAGAGUUGUAUCUACUAUUGAUCAAAAUUUAUCGUGUCCACAGCAUGAAGAGGCUGACACGAAAAUUAUUUAUCAUGUAUGCAAUAUAGAUACUCAGGAAAACAUUGCAAUCCGAUGUUCUGAUACUGAUGUAACAGUUAUAAUGCUGGGUCACAUGCAUCGUUUGAAAGACAUGAAUUCACACGUUUGGGUACUUACAGGCACCGGGAACAAUCAAAGAUAUGUUGAUUUAACCAAGAUCUAUGACCGUUUGGGACCGUUUCUAUGUAGGAGCUUAAUAGGCUUUCAUGCAAUAACAGGAUGUGACUACAAUCCUGCUUUUUUUAAUAAAGAAAAGAAAAGACCAUUCAAAAUACUGCAAAGACGUCCAGAAUAUCAGCAAGCUUUUACGAAAUUCGGUGAACUUGAAUUAUUCGUUGAUAAAAAGAAAGAAGAAGAUGUAUUUGAUGUAAUACAGAAAUUUAUCUGCGAGUUAUACAAUAUUUCAGGAAUAAUUGACGUAGAUGCUGCUCGACUUCAACUUUUUAUUAAUAAAUAUACAGUUGUCAAUGUAAAUGAAGAAUUCAACCGGAACAAUUUGAGAAAUUUUGAUGCAAGCAGUUUACCACCUUGCAAAAGUGAGCUAUUGCAGCAGUUUCGACGAGCAAAUUAUAUUGCAAGUAUCUGGAACAAUGCUCAUGAGAAGCAACCCAGCACCCUCAGCCCUGAGAACAAUGGGUGGAUACUGAAAGAUAGUCAGUAUGAUUGUAAUUGGUUUGAUGGUGAUCAAUUGCCCAGUUUUGUUAGCGACUCACUACAAAAUGAAUCAGAGGAGCCAAAUGACGAUGACCAUGAUGGUGAAGAUGAAUUGAAUAUUCAAUAUGAAUGUGAAUUUGAUGAGGGAAGUAGAAACUCGAGCAACGAAGAGAAUGGAGAUGAA